AUGAAGAAGAGACCUAGGAGGAGAGCGAAGCCUAAACGGCUUCGAAACCCUUUCCUCCUCUUUCUCCUCCUCUUUCUCCUCUCGUCUUUCGGGGGGGAGUUCUUUUCGACGGCGAAAGAAAACGAAGGAGAAAGAGAAGGAGAACAGAAAAAACUCGUCGACCUGUUACCGUCCUCGAUUUUCUCGCGCUUCUCCGAGCGCGUGAAGAAAAAUCCGAGGUUUAAACUCAUCGUUUCCGUGUACGCGCCGUGGUGUGGGCACUGUAAAGUGCUCGAACCGGAACUUGUCUCCGCGCUGAAAAUAGUGCGAGAAGUAGAUGGCACGGACGAGACCGUCGUGGACGUGGUGAAAAUGAACGGAGACUUGAGGAAAUAUCCAAUUCGAGAGGAAAUGGAGCAGAGAGAAACGGAGGCGAGGAAAGCGUUUAAGAAAAAGUACGGGGUGAAGGGAUAUCCGACUUUAUUACUGCUGGAAAAGAAGAGCGACGAUGAGAGUAGUAGGAGUGGUAGGAGUAGGAGUGAAGAAGAAGAAGAAGAAGAAGAAGAAUUGUUCGUGGCGAAACAAUACAAAGGCAGUCGGAGUCAAGCCGCGCUGUUGAACUAUCUCCGUCGCGCGAGCGCGUCGGACGUCGCGACGUUCAAAGACUGGCGCGAGGCGCGAGAAUACGGGAAAUUGAGAGCGACCGAGUCGAACGCGAUGUUUUUUCACUUAAUGGUGAAUGGAGGGAGUUUAAAGAUUAAGAAAGCGUUCGACUCGGAGGCGAAGAAGAGGGAGAAUUUACAGGCGUGGUUCGGAGAAAGCGACGCGCCAAAGACGUUUGAGGAAACGAAUGCGUUUUUAGACGCGUUUCACGCGAAGCAAUUUCCGUGGAAGGAUAUCCAAAGCAAAGACGAAAGUUAUUCGGUUUUGUUAGCAGUGCACCCGAGAGUGCCCGGAGAUGAAGACGACGAUUCCUUAGUAUCGGAUGGUGAGAAUUAUAAGGCGUUUACGACCGAGGUUGUAUUGUGUAGAGUAGCGGAGGAGAAAGAGGAGGAGGAGGAGGAGGAGAAAAAGAAGAAGAAGAAGAGUUAUCGCGCGAACGACGCCGAUAUGAGCGAGACGAGUGGGUAUGAAAAUUCGUGCAACGUGUCUGCGUUUGUGCGCACCAGAAUCGUCGCCCCGUUAGCCAAACUCGAUCAAUCCGUCUUCAACAACAUCCUCGAUUUAGAUAGCCCGUCGGUAUUCCUGGUCGAAUCGGGAGGCGAUGCUAAAAUAGAAGCGUUCGCGAAGAAUGCUUACAAACUCGCGCUGAAACACCGCAAAAUAUCCUUCGUUCGCGUCGACGGCGACGAGUUAGGCCCUUGGCUCGAUAAGGAAAUGGCUUUCGGCCCUCUCGAAUCCUCCUUCCCUCUCUGUUUAGGAUACCACAAAAAAACCCACCGGAGUUGGUACGACCGAAAAUGGGAAACCAGGGGUAAUACCAUCGAAGAGUCGCUCGCCGUUUUCGUCGACAUGAACUUCGUGGAUAUCAAACGACUCCCGAAUUUCCUCCCGUCUAUGCCUCUUUUAGGUAAAUUGAAAAACAUCCACCACAGAGCGACGUUUAGAUUCUCCAACUCCUCCUCCCCGGUGCAACGAUUAGCCACGUAUUGGUGGUUGCUCGUCAUCGCGUUGAUCUUAUUCGUCUUGUGCUUCUCGUUCGCGUUGCAGUAUCAAAGAGAGGGUAAGUUCGACACGUCCAGCGAAGACGACAGUUCGGCAAAGUCCAGCGGCGAAGCCGAGAGGGCGGCGAAAGUAGAAGAGUCCGACGGGGACGAACCCAAGAAAACAAAGUGA